GUCCGCAAAAAUGAAGAUGAGCAAAGUCGGUAACCAAACAAAUUCGCAAGAUCCUCAAGCGGUAAACUCGAGGGUUUUUGUCGGAAACCUCAACACAUUCCAGUGUUCCAAAACCGACGUCGAGAGGAUGUUUCAGCGCUACGGCCGACUUGCAGGGAUUUCGAUGCAUAAGGGAUACGCUUUUGUGCAGUUUACCAAUCCGUUUGACGCGAGAAGUGCCUGCUUGGGCGAAGAUGGAAGGACUGUCCUUAGCCAAAUUCUAGAUGGCGAGCAUGGCGAGAGUCGGCGGGACGGUACGGCAACUCGGGCGUUACCAGAAUAUUCGGAAACCCUGCUUUUGAUCAAGGUCGUUGGUUUCGGAACGUCAUAA